CACAGAAAACGGUUAGAUUCAUUUCAUUUUAUAAAUAUUUUCUGAUUAGAACAUUCUAUGGCGGGAAAGGUAAACUGCAUUUUCAGAUAUAAUGUAACACCACAUGAUAAGUAAUACAGAAUAUAAUAACAGUUAAAAAGAAAGGAAAAACAUCUGCUACAUCGUGUUAAACUGAAAACACAAAUUUCGACGUUGUACAAAACGGCAACAGGUAUAUACAGAACGAACAGCAAUACGUUAUCUACAAUGAAGAUUAUUAUAUGCAUAUUCUUUCUAAUUUGUGGCGCUGCAGGGUCCAGAAUCUGUUUCAUACAAGCCGAUGACCAAUGCAAAUAUGCUCAGAAACAUUAUCCUGUUCAGGAACCAGACAUUCAUCUCUGCAAGUAUAUACGACUAUGGCUGUAUGAAACCUGUUAUAUGAAUAGCAAUAAUUUUUGUAGAAACGUCAUGCUCCAAAACCGUAGAGAAGAAAACUGUCUUCGCGCUGCGGGUUCCAAAGUCUGUUUCAUAGUAGCCAAGGACCAAUGCAAAUUUGCUCUGAAAAGUUAUCCUGUUCAGAAGCCAGAUAUUCAUCGCUGCAAACGACUAUGGAUGUAUGAACUAUGUUUUAUUGAUACAGAUUAUUUUUGCAGACACGUUAUGCUCCUAUACCGUAAAGAAGAAAAUUGUCUUCGUGCUGUAGAAUCCGAAAUCUGUCUCAAGGUAGCCGAGAAACAUUGUCAAUACGCUCUGCAUAUUUAUCCUGUAAAGUAUCCAGAUAUGAAUUACUGCAGGCGUCUAUGGAUGUAUGAAACUUGUUUUAUUAAUGUAGAUAAUCGUUGUAGAAAGGCUAUGCGCGAUAUUCGUAAGGACAAAUGCCCUGGAGAUAUGCCCGCUGAUAACUCAGUGCCAUGCAUUGUAACAUUAAACAGUAUAUUAUUGGCUGUUCUCCAAUGGGCCAUAUUUUAGUGGAAUUCGAACAUAUGCACCGUGUGAAGCUAAUAAAUAUAAUAAAUUUGUAACAAACAAUUUUGGUAGUUUUGCAUUAUGUUAAAUCUUAUCUUCUGUAUAAAAAUAACUUCUAAAAUUAUAUUUUAAUAAACAUGUCAAGAAAUAUA